AUGGAGUCGACACGCGGCCCCCCUCGGGUGAAGAACAAGGCCGCUGCGCCCGUGCAGAUUUCGGCUGAGCAGCUGCUGCGCGAGGCUGUGGACCGACAAGAGGGCGGGAUCCAGGCGCCGCAGCAGCGCUUCUCUGAUCUUGAGGAGCUGCAUGAGUACCAGGGUCGCAAGCGCAAGGAGUUUGAGGACUAUGUGCGGCGCAAUCGUAUCAGCUUGCGCAAUUGGACGCAGUAUGCGGCGUGGGAGCUGGAGCAGAAGGAGUUUGCGCGCGCGCGAUCCGUCUUUGAGCGCGCCCUCGACGUGCAUCCAAACUCGGUGCAGCUGUGGGUGCGCUACAUCGAGUCCGAGAUGAAGACGCGCAACAUCAAUCACGCCCGCAACCUUCUCGACCGCGCUGUCAGUCGCCUACCCCGCGUCGAUAAGCUAUGGUACAAGUACGUCUACAUGGAGGAGAUGCUGGGCAACAUUCCCGGCACACGCCAGGUAUUUGACCGCUGGAUGCAGUGGCAACCCGACGAGCUGGCCUGGGGCGCUUAUAUCAAGCUCGAAAAGCGAUAUGGCGAGCUGGAGCGGGCGCGCGAAAUUUUUGCCAUGUUCACGCAGAUUCACCCGGAGCCGCGCAACUGGAUCAAGUGGGCCAAAUUUGAGGAGGAAUUCGGUACAAGCGACCUCGUGCGAGAGGUCUUCGGUAAUGCGGUUGAGACGCUAGGCGACGAACAUGUCGAUGAGAAGCUUUUCAUUGCUUAUGCCCGCUUCGAGUCUAAGCUCAAGGAAUACGAACGCGCCCGAGCCAUAUACAAAUACGCCCUAGACCGGCUGCCGCGCUCCAAGUCAGCCGCGCUGCAUAAAAGCUACACUACCUUUGAAAAGCAGUUUGGUGACCAGGACGGCGUUGAGGACGUGGUGCUGAGCAAGCGCCGCGUGUACUACGAGAACCUGGUCCGCGAGAAUCCCAAAAACUAUGAUGCGUGGUUCGAUUUCGCCGCGUUGGAAGAAACAUCCCGCGACGCCGACCGCGUUCGCGACGUUUAUGAGCGCGCCGUUGCCCAGAUGCCGCCGACGCAGGAGAAGCGCCACUGGCGUCGAUACAUUUAUCUCUGGAUUUUUUACGCUAUCUGGGAGGAGAUGGAGGGCCAGGAUGCAGAGCGUGCGCGCCAGAUCUACACGACGUGCCUAGGCCUGAUUCCGCACAAAAAGUUUACUUUUGCCAAGAUUUGGCUGCUGGCGGCGCAAUUCGAGAUCCGGCAGGGCCAACUGACAGCAGCACGCAAGCUGCUGGGCCGUGCUCUGGGCAUGUGCCCAAAGGAUCGGCUGUUUGUCGGCUACGUUGACCUGGAGCGGCGGCUGUACGAGUUUGCGCGCUGCCGCACGCUCUACGAGAAGCAUGUCGAGUACAACCCGGCCAACUGCACGACGUGGAUCCGCUUCGCGGAGCUCGAAUGCGCGCUCGAAGAUAUUGACCGUGCGCGCGCCAUCUUUGAGCUGGCAGUAAGCCAAGACCAGCUCGACAUGCCAGAGCUGCUCUGGAAAGCGUACAUUGACUUUGAGGAGGGCGAGGGCGAAUACGAUAGGGCUCGGGCGCUGUAUGAGCGUCUCCUCGAAAAGACGGACCACGUCAAGGUCUGGAUCAGCUACGCGCAUUUCGAGGUCAACAUUCCCGAAGGCGGCGAGGAAGGCGGAGCGGAGGACGAGGAGGAGCAGCCCGUCAGCGAAGAAGCCAAGGAGAGGACCAGAGCGGUGUUUGUGCGCGCACACAAGAGCAUGCGUGACAAGGACCUCAAGGAGGAGCGUGUGUCGCUGCUCAACGCCUGGCUGUCGUUUGAGCGUACGCACGGCGGCGCGGCUGACGUCGACAAGGUGCAGGCGCAGAUGCCCCGCCGUGUCAAGAAGAGGCGUCGCGUCGAGGGCGACGACACCUACGAGGAGUACGUUGACUAUGUCUUCCCUGCCGACGACAAGCAGGCUGGCAACCUGUCAAACAUGCUGGCCAUGGCGCAGAGCUGGAAGCAGACGGGCGGCAGCCUGUCGUGA